GAUUUUGAAUGGGACUGAAUUUAAUGUCCCCACAAGGUUAGCUGCGCAAAACUGUGUCCAUGUAUCCGUGCGUGCGUUGAAGUGUUGACAGUUUGCACAUGUCCACUGCUCUUGUGUUUAGUGCUUGGAGGUUCGCCAGGAUUAGUCUCCCUUAUCAGAUUUUUGGAACUUCCUGGAUACACUAGACUACAUGCACAAUAUUAAAUAUAGCUACAACAUUUGUGGCUACCAUGCUAACGAGGUGUAGGCUAUAGCUAAAUAUACUGCAACGGACUGCUACAACGGAUUGAGACAACAAACUCGUCAAACUCGUCUGCUCAGUUUUGGGAUUUCUACCCCUGCCCGUCACCCAGUAGGAAGUGAUAGUGUCAGUUAAAUAACUGGAGAAAAAAAUGUGUUCAGUUGUAAACCGACUGAAACCUGCUCUGGCCUACACGCUGUGCCUCCAAACAACCCGGCACUCGCGUAAAGUUCCAGCCCACAUCGGCCGGGGUGUACGCACCAGCAAGCAGCCUUUGGAAUCGGUCAUCAUACGACCCUACUGCUCCAGGAUGGAGUUGGGAAAAGGACCUUUCUUCAGGCAGCUGUUUGAGUCAGUGAGCAGCACCUACACCUAUCUACUGGCUGAUACAGAGAGCAUGGAGGCGGUCCUCAUUGAUCCAGUACUGGAGACAGUGGACAGGGAUCUGAAACUCAUAGAGGAACUGGGUUUCAAACUGAAAGUGGCAGUGAACACUCACUGCCAUGCAGACCACAUCACAGGCACGGGACUGCUGAAGAACAGGCAGUUUGGGAUGAAGAGUGCCAUCUCCAAGCACAGUGGGGCCAGUGCAGACAUCCUGCUAUCAGAGGGAGACAAGAUCAGCUUUGGCAAACAUUAUCUGAUGGUGAGGGAGACUCCAGGACACACAGACGGCUGUGUGACGUUGGUGACCGGGGACCAGAGCAUGGCUUUCACUGGGGACACACUGCUAAUCAGGGGCUGUGGAAGGACAGACUUCCAGCAGGGCUGCUCUAGGAGGCUCUAUGAAUCAGUCCACCAGAAGAUCUUCACAUUACCUCCUCAGUGCCUCGUCUUCCCUGCACAUGACUACAAAGGUCAGACAGCCUCCACAGUGGGUGAGGAGAGGAGGUUUAACCCCCGCCUGACCAAGAGCUUGGAGGAGUUUGUGGACAUCAUGACCAACCUGAACCUCCCCAAGCCUGCUAAGAUAGAUAUUGCCGUGCCUGCAAACCUGGUGUGUGGACUCCAUGAGGUUUGAAUGUCAAAUCGAUUUUAGGGUUUCACUUUAAGCACUAUUGGGAGGAAGAGGGAAAUUAUUUUCACCCAGCCACAACUUAAUGUUUUAAAUGCAAUAUUUUGUAUCUAAUAAGUAACCAAAACUAAAGCUUGUCAAAAAUUAAGAACAUACAUUCCUCCAUGUUUGCCUAUGUAAAAAGCAGUGGUCAUGAUUUGGUGGGUGUACAGAUACUGAAAUUGUAUAGUAAAAUAUGCAUUAAGAUACAUGAUCAUAAAACAUUGCCAUGUACAUUGUAACAUUUAUAAUACAAUCUCCUGGAAAAAUGUGAACAUUAAUAAGAUGACCUAGUUUUAUAUUAAAUCAAGAUUGUUCAAGUGUAAA